UUGCAUGCACCAAGUAAGUACAACGGCUCGUUUUUGAUGAUACCUACUAACCCAAAGCUAACAUCUGAAGCUGGUCUCGGACUUCUGCUUGCAAGAUCAAUUGACCAGGUUUUUUUAUUCAAAAGGGUGACAAGUACACCCGGACCACCAGAGAAACCCUUGGAUUCCACACAGCUAUGUGAGGCAACAGCAAUUGUAAGAAACGAGUCAAUUUGCGCUAAGCGAAGGAGGCUGCAUUUAUCCCAUACUUUAAAACAACAUCUUGAGCACGUCUUCUCCAUGACUCCUCAUCCUAGCCGCGCAGAGUGUGACGUUAUAGCCAAAUCAUGCCAAUUAUCCCCGAGACAAGUCCGUGUUUGGGUAUGUAUGCUUCUAUAA